CCCAAAUUUAAAACCCCUUUUCCCUACGGCCCGGCCCGGCGACCGAUUCCCACAGUCCAUCCUCCGCCAGAUCGCCGGCCUACGGGUACCUUCCUGGGUGUUUGCUCUUGCCUUCUGCACCCGGCGAUGCUCUAGCCGGCGGACCUCUCCUAAAGGGAUUCGGAAUUGACGGCCCUUCGAAACCUUAUGGGCACGUUCUUGCGCGUUUGCCCUUGCCUUCUGCACCCGGCGAUACUCUAGCCGGCGGAUCUUUAGAGGAGAUUCCCAGUUGAGGGGGGAGGGGCUCCGAAACCUUAUGGAUCAACAAGGUGAAUUCCCACCUGCUUAUAAACUUAUUGAGAGGAAUGAAUUUUUGUAUCGAAAACAUAAGAAGCAAAAGGAGGAAGACAUAGCUAUUUGUGAAUGCCAAUAUGAUGCCGGUAAUCCAGAAUCCGCAUGCGGAGAUCGAUGCUUGAAUGUAUUGACUAGCACAGAGUGUACACCUGGUUAUUGUCCUAGUGGCAGCCACUGUAAAAAUCAGAGAUUUCAAACAUGUCAAUACGCCAAGUCAAGAUUAUUUAAAACUGAAGGUCGUGGAUGGGGUCUGCUGGCUGAUGAGAAUAUUAAGGCUGGACAGUUCGUUAUCGAGUAUUGUGGGGAAGUGAUAUCAUGGAAGGAAGCCAAGCAACGGUCUCAAGCCUAUGAAUCUGCAGGAUUGAAAGAUGCAUAUAUUAUUUAUCUCAAUGCAUAUGAAUCGAUUGAUGCCACUCAUAAAGGAAGCUUGGCUAGAUUCAUCAACCAUUCUUGUCAGCCAAACUGUGAAACAAGGAAGUGGAAUGUGUUGGGAGAAGUAAGAGUUGGGAUUUUUGCAAAGCAAGAAAUUCCUGCCGGAACUGAACUGGCUUAUGACUACAACUUUGAAUGGUAUGGUGGUGCUAAGGUGCGCUGUCUUUGUGGUGCAGCCUGUUGCUCUGGAUUUCUUGGAGCUAAAUCUCGUGGCUUCCAGGAGGCCACCUAUCUUUGGGAAGAUAAUGAUGACCGAUACUCGGUUGAGAAUGUACCCCUCUAUGAUUCUGAGGAUGAUGAACCAACAUCAAAGUCACUUAAAGCCAUUGUCCCAUAUAAAGAAAAUGAAGAUUUUCUGGGAAAUGCAGAUGGCUUUGGUUCUGUAGUGCUUUCUGAAUCAAUUCCAAUGGUGGUGGAACCACUGAAUUUUGUUCCUAUGGAAGUCAAUGGAGUGAAGUAUGAAACAACAGAAGAUGAGUGUAUGUAUGCAGAGAAUGCUCAAGAAAAUUUUGCUCGUAAAAGUGCAAUGAUUUCUCGUAUUCGGAGUAACAGUGCAUGCCGAAAUUAUCACAUAGACUCUAAUUCCUUAUCAAAAACCUCUUCACGCUAUCCUGGUGGGAAAGCAAAAUUUGGAGUACGAAAGCAAGUCAAUGUGAAACUUAUCUGUGAACGUUUAGCGGUGGCUGAAGCACGUGAAGAAAUUAUUGCCUAUGAGGAAUCAAAGAAGCAGGCUACCGCUCAACUUGAUUCUCUUUACGAUGAGAUAAGGCCUGCUAUCGAGGAACAUGAGAGGGACAACCAAGAUAGUGUUUCAACCAGUGUUGCUGAAAAAUGGAUUGAAGCCAGCUGCUGCAAACUGAAAGCGGACUUCGAUUUCUACUCUUCAAUCAUCAAAAACAUAGCCACUGUUCCCCGGGUGUCAAAUGAUGCAUCUCCUCAGGUAGAUGGUGCAGUAAAUGAGGUUCUGUUAUUGGAAAAUGGUCAUUGAAAUUUUAGUUGCAUUCAAGGGCUGAAAUGUAUUGCCUAACAUGUA